CUGGAGGAGAGAUUAACGGAGAAGUUGGUUCAAGUGUUGGAUGGUGCCUGGAGAACAGGGAGGACAGCUGAUGUGACUUUGGGGAACCAACAAGGUGACCUGGAGGAAGAGGAGCGGCAGACGUUCUGUGGUGGAGGAGUAAAUCUGGUCCUGAUGAUGGGCUGCUGCCUCUUUGUUUACUAUCGGAAGAAGAGAAAGCAGACCAGCAGAGAUGCAGACGCCCUCAGCCUCUGCAGUCUGGACAUCAAUGAUCCCGGCUCCAAGCGCAGUAAAGCUGCUCCCCGGGUGGCGGCGCUGGCGAGCCUGCUGCCUCCGGUCAAAGCCACGUCGCUGAAGAGGAUCAGCCAAACUCUGCAGCGAUCCGUCAGUUUCCGCAAUGAGAGUCGAGCUUCAACUCUCCCGCAUCCUGCGCCUCUUCCUCCUCUUCCUUCCUCUUCCUCGUCCACGAUCACGUCGCGUGUCGUUUCCGCGACCGUCUCCAGCCCCCCGUCCUGCGUGACCACGUCGCGGGUUUCCACGGCAACAGGCCCCGCCUCCAAGCGCCGCGACAGCAAACUGUGGAGCGAGACGUUCGACAUCCGGGUCGGAGCGACUCUGGGUCCAAAGGAUCAAAAGACAAGAGGCCAUUUUGAGUUGGCUCAAGGAGAACAAGACUUGGUGGAAGAUCUAAAGUUGGCCAAGAAGGCGUACCACGACCCGAUGCUGAAGCUGUCCAUCAUGACGGAGCAGGAACUGAACCAGAUCUUCGGUACUCUGGAGUCACUCAUUCCUCUGCAUGAAGACUUGCUGAGUCGGCUACGAGACGCCAGGAAACCCGACGGAACCACAGAAAAUGUCGGACACAUCCUGACCGGCUGGCUCCCUUGUCUCUCCUCCUACACGCCGUACUGCAGCAACCAGGUGCAGGCCAAGGCCCUGCUGGACCAGAAGAAGCAGGACCGGCGGGUCCAGGACUUCUUGCAGCGCUGCCUGCAGUCUCCGUUCAGCAGGAAGCUGGACCUGUGGAACUUCCUGGACAUCCCUCGCAGCCGGCUGGUCAAGUACCCGCUGCUGCUCAGAGAGAUCCUGAAGCACACGCCCAACGACCACCUGGACCGGCAGCACCUGGAGGAAGCGAUGCUGAUGGUGCAGAGCCUGGUGGCGGACAUCAACAGGCGGACCGGAGAGUCGGAGUGUCAGCACUACAAGGACCGUCUGCUGUACUCGGAUGAAGGACGGCGGGACCAACUGAUCGACCGGUCCAAGACGCUCAGCUGCCACGGAGAGCUGAAGAACAACAGAGGAAUCAAGCUCCACGUGUUUCUGUUCCAGGACAUUUUGGUGAUCACCCGGUCCGUGUCGCUGAACAGCCAGCCGGUGAGCUACCAGCUCUGCCGCCAGCCCAUCCCCAUCCGCCAGCUGGACCUGGAGGACGUAUCAGACGGCGAGAUGAGAGUGGGCGGGUCCAUCAGAGGGGCCUUCAGCAACAGCGAGCGGACCAAGAACUUCUUCCGGGUUUCGUGCCGGUCAGGAAGCCAGGUGCAGACGCACUGCUUCCAGGCGAGCGACGCCUUCAACAAGCAGCAGUGGAUCAACUGCAUCCGGCAGGCCAAAGAGGCGGCGGGAGAGCACACUCCUCACUCGGAACGGCGCACAGAACCAGAACCAGGAGAACCGAUCGAUUCGGGCGAAGAUUCAGGAAUCAAAAACGAAACUUUGGCAAAGACAGAAGAUCUAAAUCUGGAAGAUAUUGGUUCAUUCUCAGAGAGCAUGAUGGCUAACAAUGAUGGGACGUCGUCAGUAGAACCAGAGAUAGACGGUGAGACGGAGUCGGCACCGGAACCAGAACCACCUGCAGGCUGCAGGAUGGACCAGGAAGCAGAGACUUCAGAUGGGAAGGUCGCUCUGAAUGAGGAGGAGGAGGAGGAAGUCAGCAGGGACUCCGGAGACAACGAGGAAAUGAUCUGCAGAUGCUGACGUGAAAUAAUCAGAACUGAAUUCAACCGAAUAAAGAAUCAAUUCAAAUACUCAACGAAAUGUUGGUUCUACUGCUUAAUAUUAGCUAAACUGUGACCUUCCAACCACAAACUGGGUGUUUUUUUUUUAUUAAAGUUUUCUCUUACACUGCAAAAAACACAAAAUCUUACCAGGUAUUUUAGGUCUAGUUUCUAAUGCAAACAUCUUAGUACAUUUUAAUUAAGAUGAAACUAAUUCAAACAAAUUUUCAGCAAGAUAGCAAAAGAUCUUGUUUUAAGCCAAUAAUUUCUUAAUAUUUAUUUUAAUAACAAACUAGAUCUGCUGGAUUUUUCUAUUCUUUUUGAAAAAUGUUUCCAAAGUUAUAAGUAAAACAAUCUGUCAGUGAAACUACUACUUCUUUAUUAAUAUUCAAGAAUUAUUUACUUGUCCUAAAAAAUUCAGUUUCUUGAGGCAAUUUUUUUUCUUUUCAAAGUGAAAUUUUCUUGCUCUUUUCUAGACAUUUUCUGAGAUUUUUUUAUCUUACUGCACAUUUUUAUUUUAAAAACGUGCUGGAUUAUUUCACUCCAACAUGUUUUAGUGAAAUAAUCUGCCAUUGGAACUAGAACUUGGUUUCUAGGUAACAACACAGGCCCGUUAACUUUAAAUAAUCUGAACUUUUUCAUCAAUGUUUAAGCAAACUCCUUUGUCUUGCUGAAAAGUUUCUUAUUAUUUAGUUUUCACUUAUUUCAAGUGUUCUGUGAUAUUUGUAGUAGAAACUAGAACAAAAAUACUUGGUAAUAUUUUGUGUUUUUGCAGUGCAUCUUCAAGUUCCAGUGUUAAGAGUUUUUCACAAAAUAUUUGAAAAUGACGUCAAAACAAAAUGAUCAUUUAUUGCAAUAAUUUAUCAUCCAGUAAAACGUAUAUAAUUUCAACUAGAAACUAGAGAAAAAUCUAAAAUUUGUGUUUCUGCAGCGAAUAAAAUUAAUUGCAGACAGACUAUAUUUGGCUUUGUUUGCUGCAGCUCAUUUAGCCACUCUGACAGAUGGUGGCGCUAUUUUCAUUGUUCUAACUCUCACUGUAAAACCUGGUUUUAUUUUGUGCCGAGCAUUCAGCUUUACGUUCAUGUUUGGAAAAAAAGAAGCUAAUUUUGUAUCAUCCAGGUGGGUUUGGGGUUUUAAAUGCUGUUUUAUAAACAUUUCAUUGUUUGUCUCAGCGAGGAGUUGACCCAGUUUCAGUGGAAAUGGAGAGGAAACCAUUUAGCAGCAGAACCAUUCAUCUUUUAGAGCAUUUUCAGUUUUAAAAUCAGAACCAAGAGUCCAUCGGUUUAUGUUUCUGUGUUUUUUAAAUCUCAGACAGAUCCCAGGUGGUUUUUGUGUAAAGAGAAAGCUGAUGUAUAUAUAUAUUGUACAUGAAGACUAUAUAUGAGGAGUAUGUUCAUGUGAAUGCCUGAAUUAUUGUUUAUUAUAUGUAACUCAUAAUUCAGGAAUAUUAUUUCAGCUAAAUGUGUCCUAGUGUUGAUCAUAACUGAUUGCCAAUCCCAGAAGCACUGAAAGGAAACUGUCCCCUUUAUUCUGAUGCAUACAAAAAAGAAAUUCAGGAAUAUCUUUGUUUAAUCAAAGACUCAAUAAAUGUCCAAAGUGUCUGAAUGA